AUGGCGGACGAGGAGAACGAGCUGGACCGGCCUGUGAUUGUGUUUGGGCGAGACCUUCGAAAAAUUCCGUGCGCCAGAGACAGUUUGCUAUACGGUAUCGGGAGCGGUUUAGGCGGUGGAUUGAUAGUCUUUAUGUUGACGAGCAAACCUCGAUACGCGGCUCACAGUAUGAUGGGAAUAUUCAGCUGCGUUACCCUGAGUUGGUUCGUCGUGUGUCGUCACAGAUGGGCAACUCAAAAAUUCAACAUGGGCCAGAUCUUUUCGGCUACGAGGGAUCAACUGCGAGAUGACCAUCCUGUUAAAACUGGUGAAAAAGAAAAGGACAUUGAAUUAGUCAAUGUCUAG